ACGCGUGUUCACAAAAAUAUAGAGGUUCUGCACUUCGGACUGAGCGAUCCCAGGUGCGCUAAAGAAAACUAUCGAAAGCCACCUGCGUGGUCGCUGCAUGGGAGGUGGCGCUACCGGGCUUUUGCUACCUACUGUACGAAGUAGUUGCCGUACUCCCGCCAGGCACUCUCUCUAAGCGACGCUACGAAUAACUACUUCAGACCACCACACGAGCGUUAGUAUCCCAACCCCUCAGUACUCCUUCAUAUUUGCCGCCUAUGGCAAACGAAAUCAGUCUGGCUGGUAUGCGGCAUCGCUUCAUCCGGGCGUCGCGAAAUCAGGCCAGUCUACACUUCGGUCCAUCCUCAGUCCAGGUAUUGCAGUAGCUCAGCAAUUCAUUGUCCCUCACACUCCCACAUCCUGCAUCUAACUGCGGAUACGAUAUCCUCAGCCUGAAGAAUGGCUUCAACUACUCUGCCCACGAUGUUAGAGCCUAGCACGCUGACCGCAGCUUCGACCGUCAUUGUACCCAUGGCAUUGCAAGCGCUCGUCAUCUCCGAAGACUUCAGAUUCAGCAACCUUCAAGUUGCUCCUCUCGUCCAGCCCAAUUUUACAGCGCUGCGGCCGGCCCAGGGAGAGGUAACGCAUGAUAUCAUGGAGCAACUGGAUGUCUCGGCCACCCGUCUAUCACCACACAUGAACACUCGCUCUGUCGAUAUGGUCAAAGUCGAGCCUAGAGAAGACCGCGUCGGCGUAUAUCUCAGCUGGUGCCUGCCUCAUCUCUACAGGACUGGUAUUACGGCCACGAAAAGUGCUGCCGAGCCCAAUACCAAGUCCCGCAAGCAAUAUGAUCAAGCUCGAGUGCGGGCUGGCUACUCGGUGAAUCACGAUGACAAAGGAGGAGACGUUCAAUUCCGUCCAGCACCAGACCGAUGGAUAGUGGCAAAACGGAACUGCUCAGGCGUCGAUGCCAACAUUGAAGAUGAUGAGCUCGGCGCCCGGGAUGCGCCAGACGUUGAAAACAUUACUUCGCCAGCCAUAGACCCCAAGUUGCCUCUCGAAAGCCAGUACAAGUCUUUCAUGGGUCGGUCAGUAUUCGCAGAGAACAGCCAGGACGGAAAGCAGAGAACGUACCGGCGGCCAUUCAACGCCUUCGAGUCCGGCAAUGAGUUUUUUGCCGACUAUCAGCCUUACAACAUGGGCGUGUUCUCCGUAUUUGAUGACUUGGGUGGUGCCACAGAUGCCACUUUCGACUACCUCGUCUUUGGCUACCACUCCAAUCCAUCUGAUGAUCCUCUUGCGAUUGUCAACCAGCUUUCCCAAGGCACCGAGUUCUCAAACAAGAAGCUACUGGACGCUUUAUCGCUGGUAGCAGACCCUACCGGUGCUGCAUCGUUCCUCCGCGCACCCGCUAGUCCUUCCGGGCGCACGCUUACCCACGGAAUCUUGCGUAAUGUUCGUUUCAACAGCAAGAGCUGGAAUUUGGAAACUCCGUCUGUCAAUCUGCAAAAGCUGAUGUACAUAGUCCAACCAGUCGUGGUUGGAACACACGCUCUUGACGCACUUGCGGCCUACCUCCAUGUCCAGCUCGGACCAGAUGACAGCACUAGCGCCGUACACAAGUUGCUUGGCCAGUUGAUAAUGCUGAUCGUUCGCCGAGAUGACGUUAUGCUCAGCGGAACGAUAUGGAAGCUGCCUAAGCAUACCGAUGCUUCUAGCCCUCAGGCCGAUGAGCUUGCCCCGACUGAUGCCCAUCGUAAGCUGCUUGACAAACUUAACGCAGCACAGAUGCAUAGCUUGUUCGGGUGCUGGUGGAACGCCGUUGGUUUGCGCAGAUUGCCUAGGUCAGUACACCACACAAGACGAGUUGCCAUCAAACGUGAAGCCAGAGAAAUAGCCCAGAGAGCCCAGAGCUUAGAAGUCACCAAGCAGAAGCACCGGCGCUUGGUCAACGAUACAAAAGACCAGCUCAAAUCUUUGAUGAAUGGGAAACAAGCUUUGGCGGCAUCUGGACGGGCUUUCGGCGUGCAUCAAGACCCUACUAUCCUGAUUGCUGGCGCACAGUCGGGUUGGCCGAAGAAUUUCUCGGACCCUCUGCCUGUGCGAUUAGUAUCACAGGUAUCAACACUCGCGGAUACCCCGAAGCCGCCGAAUCCUCGUUAUGCAGGUCUCGAUGAGUACAUAUCCGCACUGGUGACGGAGCCAUAUGGCAAGUGGCCUGAGAAUCCAUACAACGAAAUGGAAGAUAUGAAAGGACAGCAAGGUUGGUUCCCAUUGUUCAUCGAGUGGGAGGUCGAGUACUACCACAUCCCGUUCAACAUGUGGUCAUUCGAGCCAGACGAACUCAGCGGUCGCUGGCGAUAUGUGAUUGCAGGGCACAAAGCUCUCGCGGAUUCCCCCGUUGGCGCCGACCGUCGCACCAUUCAUAGCCGGACGGCCAUCACACCACAGUCGGGCAUGACGCUGCGAUCGCGGCUUGAUCAACUCUUUGCGAAGAAGACUGAAAACGUGCUUGACGAUGAGCUGAAAGACACAGCUGCAGACAGAGAGAAGGCCCUUGAGGCAGCGGCGCGUCUCGAGUAUUUUUCAUCUCCCUUAGGUGGCUUUACUGACCACUUACUGACCUUGCGCUGCGGUAACAGUCCGCGACCCGAUCAAAAAGACGCCGAGAUGCAAAAUGCUCUGGGUCUUCAUGCUCAUGCUAUGCAUCUGCUCGACGGUGUUCAUGAGCUCGCGCCGUAUGGUUUCACGACGCCACUGCCUCCAACAUACACAGCUUUCAGCCCAUUCAAGCCGGUGACACAUGGACAGGUGCGAUUUACGAACCUCAUCAUCGUUGACAAGUUCGGCCAGGUCGUCUCAGCGAUCAAACCUGCAGAAGCAGGUCAACACAGCUCCGCGCUGUAUCCCUGCAUCUCUCCCAGCCUGGCAUGCGGCGUCCUAGACGGAGAAAGCGAGAAGUACUUCCCUAACACGGCGGUGAAAGCUGACGAAGAUGCGAACGUCUGCCAAUUCUUCCAGAUCCCGCCACGGAUUAACCAGCGCGCUCGCCUUACUGCUUGCUUCGUCAUGCCGACUGAGAAGGAUGGCGACCCUCGGCGCAUCGCAGGCGAAUGGGACAACCCAUCGAAGACGACAGCGUCUGCUCUCGGUCCUGCUGGAUCGCAUUUGCAUCCAACGGUAGGCCGAUUGGCCAAGUUCGUCAGUAGAAUGCUGGAGGAUUACUACUUCACCGACAGCCUUUUCUGCAUGCUCGUUGAGGCCGUCGACUCGGUACGCUCGACGAGCGCAGAUUUUGAAUCCAUGCUUCCAGCAGCCUUUAGUCGUCCGUUCUGCCUCGCUGACGUCGGCGUCUCCAUAGAGCUCGCGACGCCACCCUUGCAAGAUGCUUCGCUGCUCACCUCGCCCCCAGACCAGCACGUGCCAGAGCGGGAGCUCCUCGGAUACGAGUUCCCUAUCGCGCUCGGCAAUCACACAGCAGCCUUCGACGGGCUAGUCGGGACCUUCAGCAGUCGCGAAAACAUUGGCGCCAUCUCAACGGGCUACGGCCUUUCGCGCCAGAAGGUCCCCACGGGCGCGGAUUCCCAGCUCGAGCCGCUGACAGAGCCGCUGAAGGCGAAGCCGUACUUCCUCCCCGGCGAUACCCUAGACAUGCCAUCCGCGCACGCCGCCCAGCUCAAAUGCAUCAGCGCCAUCCUCGACCCGCGCUGCCCGAUCCACACGUACUCCGGCUCGCUCUUCCCACUGGUCGAAAACAUGCAUGCCUUCUUCGCAGUAGGGCCGCUGCUGGUGCCGCAUCUGCCGGAGGUAGACCACAAAUUCCGGACGCAGAUCGGCACCCGUGUUAUUAGGAGCGAGCUUGAUAAGGAAAGGCCGGCGGUGCAGAUGACACUUGGUGGGCCGGAUGGCGGAUGGCAGUGGCUGCAGCCGAGGAUAGAUGUGAAUACUGAGUGGGAUACGAUGGGGAUCAGGCCGGUGGACGAUCAUUUGAAAGUUGAGGCGGCCGCGGAGACGCAGUUGGUGGAGGGCUUUGUGUUGGUGCACAAGAGGGAGCCUGUAAAGGCGUGAAGGAGUACGCAAAAAUUCCAUGAUGCUAAGGUUCGGAUUUCGGCUUGCUAGAAUAGAAGUCGCUGCCCUUCUUAAUGAGAUGAUGUAUUUUGGAGGCGGCGUGCUAGACAAACAAGCGAAAUGUAAAACUUGCUUCCUUAAAGAGAUGCCAGCGCCGUAGAUACUGGAAUUAGAGAGCGAAAAAAAAACCCCCGAGUUGUAGCCACGCAGGAUGAUAACAAUUAGCAUUUUAAC